AUGAAAGGUUUUAGAAUUGGAAGUAUUCCACUUACCUUGGGUAAUCUAAGAUAUCUAAAAGCGCUGGACAUAUCGAAUAAUGAUUUAAGUAGCACACUGUCAUCCUCGAAAAGCAGCUUUCUAUCAGCAUUAGCAAACUGCAGUGACUUGGCUUUCUUGGCAUUUGCAGGAAAUCCAUUGAUCAGUGGUUACCUUACGGCUUCUAUAGGAAAUCUGUCGGUUUCUCUUCUAUAUUUCGAUGCUUCGAGCUGCAGCAUUAGAGGCAGGAUUCCAGGGGAAAUUGGGAACUGGAAUCCAAUUAAUAAAUUGAGAUAUCUUGCCCUUAAUGAAAAUCAAUUGGAAGGGAUACUGCCGUUAUCUUUGAUUAAUUGCAGCGAACUACGAGUUCUGAAUGUUGCAAACAACAACUUAAGUGAUACCUUUCCCCAUUGGUUAGGCAUGCUUCCCAAGCUGCAAGCUCUUAUUUUGAGAUCUAAUAGAUUUCAUGGUUCCAUUCAGGUCUCCUUAACCACUUUUUCCUUCUCCAGACUGCAAAUGCUUGAUCUCUCUCAUAAUGACUUCACAGGCUUAUUGCCAACCGAGUUCUUCCAAAAUCUCAAAGCUCUGAAAGAAGAAGUUGGUCAUGAAUAUGAUUUAUUUUCAUACUCUGUUCUGUUAACAAUAAAAGGUUUGGAACUAGAGUAUAUAAUAAAAGCACUUAUGCCCAUAUUCACAUGCAUAGAUCUAUCGGACAAUGGAUUCCAUGGAGAAAUUCCUAAGGCAGUUGGAGAGCUUAGAUUGCUUCAUGCACUCAAUCUCUCUCAUAAUAGUCUGACUGGUCCUAUCCCACCGUCAUUUGGGAAUUUGGCAGCACUUGAAUCAUUAGAUCUCUCGUUUAACAAGCUGAGUGGCAGAAUCCCUUCCCAAUUGACAAAUUUGACAUUUCUUGAAGUGUUAAGGUUUUCAAAUAAUAACCUUGUCGGACCCAUUCCCAGUGGCAAGCAAUUUGAUACAUUUGAAGGCGACUCUUAUCUAGGGAACUUGGGUUUGUGUGGACCCCCAUUAUCGAAGGAAUGUAACAAUGAUGAAAUACCAGAACCAGCGCAAGAUGAGGAAGAUAAUGGAAAUGGAAUUGCUUUUAUUUGGAAACUUGCAAUGAUGGGGUAUGGAUGUGGAAUGGUAUUAGGAAUUAGCAUGGCAUAUAUUGUAUCCACGACAGGAAGACCACGGUGGCUUGUAAGAAUGAUUGAGAGAGACUUGCGAAACAAAGUUUCGAGCUGGUUUGGGAAGAAAAGAAAGUAGUCCUGCAAGUCUAUCAUUAUAUGAAUGAGUCCGAGAAAAGAUGAAGUAUGUCUGCAUCCAUAGCUGCUUCUCUCCAUGGAAUGUAUGUUCAUGGGUGUUCUUACUGAUGAUAGUUUGCUUUGGUUUUUCAGCUUUUCUUUGCAUAGUUUUUCAGCUCUCAUGGUAUGAGAUUUUUACACUUCGCAAGAAGUUGAUUUGUUUUCAAGUUUUGAAAUAGAUUGCAGCACCCACUAUAAUUACUUCUUUAAUUUAGAUUAGUGUUUGUGUACUAAAUUUUAGCUGAGGAUCGUAAUGUUUUUUUUUUCAAGACAUUCAACUAGAUGUAUUGUUUAUUUAGUAGUACUAAUACAUUCCAUUUUAAAUUUAUCGAA